UUAUUUGGGAGCUUUGCAUCCUAUAAACACACUAAAAAGGACAAUGACAGUAAUGCCAGGUAGAAACGUUCUUAUUGUGUAUGCUCACCAAGAGCCAAAAUCAAUGAAUGGAUCUCUAAAGAAUAUUGUAGUGGAUGUCUUAAGCAAACAGGGAUGCAGUGUUACAGUCUCUGAUCUGUAUGCAAUGAAAUUUAAUGCAGCGGCAACCAGAAAUGACAUCACAGGAGACCUGUGCAAUCCUCGACACUUCAGCUAUGGAACAGAGACAAAGGAAGCAUUCAAGAAAGGCUGCUUAUGUGAGGAUAUUCUUGAAGAGCAGAGAAAAGUCCAUGAAGCUGACUUAGUCAUCCUUCAGGUACCUAGAGUUUACUGGUUCAGCGUUCCUGCUAUCAUGAAGGGCUGGAUAGAUCGAGUAUUUGUUCAAGGCUUUGCCUUUGACUUCCCUGGCUGCUAUGAGACUGGACUCUUGAAGGGUAAAAAAGCACUUCUUUCGCUUACAACUGGAGGAACUGAAGAGAUGUUUAGCACAGAAGGAGCAAGUGGAGAUAUCCGAUAUCUUCUUUGGCCUAUUCAACAUGGCAUAAUGCACUUCUGUGGAUUUCAAGUUCUCGCCCCUCAGAUAUGUUAUGCAACAGAAUAUGUGACAGAAGCAAAAAGAAAAGAAAUGCUUAUGAACUGGGCUCAGAGAUUGGAGAACAUCUGGGAGGAACCUCCUAUAGAUUGUACCCCAUCUUGGUAUUUCCGUUAGAUUAAAGAGCUUCUCUGCAUUGGAAGACUGUCUAACAGCUACUCAC